AUGGAUGAAGAGCACUGGUUGAGCCAUGAAAAUGCCUGCUGGCCCAGAACCCACUCGAGCCUGAAAUACGACCGGUUCACGCACUACAACGUUGGUCCAAGAAGAUCAAAAGCUCCCAUUUGGAGGCAGAUUUGGAGGAAGUUCAGGAAAGAGAAGAAGAGGAUCUUUGGUUGUUCUAACUCAAUGAGGUUCACCUAUGAUCCACAUUCUUACUCACAAAACUUUGAUCAAGGCCCUCUUUCGGCCGAUGAUCAUCACGUUCUUUUGACAUCCUUCUCCGCUCGUUUUGCCGUUCCAUCAAGAAUCUUUGAUAACCCUAGAUUCAUGGUUUAG